CGGCUUUUGUUUGAGUUUCCUCGCGUGCUCCAAGCCAACAACGUGGGUCGAACACCGUCGGGGCACCCAAUCGUCGUCGUCGGUGUCUCUGACUCAUUCGAACUCUACCUCUGCACGGACGACGACGAGCGCUGGGCGUGCUAUGCCUUCGAGACCCUCGAAGCUUCCUCGCCCCUUCUCUCGCCGCUCGAGGUACUUGCAUUGCAUGAUCUUCGUCCCUCCAACAUACUCAAGGACACGUACGCUCGCAACACCUUUGCGUACUGCGCCAUGACGGCUGGCGACGGGCUCUUGGCGUUCGAGACCGUCGGUGGCACCGAGCGCCGGACGAUGACCAUCCACAUCCGCGUCCACGCGCAGCGCCUUUGCCCGGUCUUCGAGGAAAUCAUCGUGGCCUGCACGUCGGAACCGCCGUCGCUGUCUCUGCAUCAGCUCCUACUGCACCCCAUCUUUAAUGGCUGGGACGACGAGCAAGUGAUGCUCGACUACGACGCGCAGUUUCGCUAA